AACGCAGAGGUCACGCCGCCUCCUCUCCAAGGAGUGCCUACAUCUAAAGAAAAGAGAUAUGACAGACAGCUUCGUCUUUGGGCAGCCAGCGGACAAGCCGCCCUGGAAGAAGCUCACAUCCUGCUCAUCAACAACGGUCCUGGUGUCGUCGGCGUCGAGACUCUCAAGAACCUGAUUCUCCCUGGCAUUGGUCACUUCACUAUCCUAGACUCUACCCUCGUGUCAGAACAAGAUCUCGGCCUCAACUUCUUCCUCGAUGAGAGCACUUUGGGAACCUUCCGCGCCGAAUCGACCCGUCGUCUGCUGCAAGAGCUGAACCCCGAUGUCCAAGGCUACGCUAUCACCGAGCCACUCUCUGCUUUCGUCGCUAGAGAGGGCGCUCUCAAUCCAUUCACUCUCAUCCUCGUCACCGCUCCCAUCACCCCCGACGUGCUUGAAGUCAUCUCAGCUCAUUGCCACACCCACGCCGUACCUCUGUUCUACAUCCAUUGCUCAGGCUUCUACUCGCACUUCUCCCUCUCGCUACCUCCAGCCUUCCCCAUCGUCGAUACUCAUCCCGAUCCCGCUUCAACAACCGACUUGCGCCUGCUCGCUCCAUGGCCAGAACUCGUCCAAUUCCAGAAAGAGAAGACAAACAACCUUCAAGCAUUAUCGCCUGAGGACAUUGGCCACGUUCCCUACCUUCUACUUCUGCUACACUUCCUUGACGAGUGGCGUGCCUCUCACAAUGGCCAACCACCUCAGUCAUACCAGGAAAAGACUGACUUCCGCAACAUGGUCGCANAAGCCUCCCCACCUGACGAAGAGAACUUCGCCGAGGCCACUGCUGCCAUCAUCAAGUCACUCAAUCCUCCGACUGCCCCUGGCUCUGUCCUCGCUGUGCUCGACGCUCCCGAAACAAAGUCUCUCGAGCCUACAUCAUCUGCAUUCUGGUUCAUUGCCAAUGCUGUUCGCACCUUCUACUCUGCCCACGACCAGCUCCCCCUCCCAGGUGCGGUACCCGACAUGAAGGCUAGAAGUGCCGACUACAUCCACUUGCAAAACAUCUACAAGUCAAAAGCUCGCAAGGAUGCUGCCGAGGUGCUACAAACUGUCCGCUCGCUCGAGGCUAGUGUCGGUCGCAGAGAUCCCAUUGACGAGAAGGAAGUCGACGCUUUCUGCAAGGGUGCGGCUCACAUCAAGUUGGUCCGCGGAAUGCCUCUUCGCAUUGCACGUGGUGACGCCCCUCUCCACUGGGGCGAAGAAGUCGCCAAAUCUGCUGUUGAGCAUCUCAACAACUUGACAUUCGGGUUGGACAGUGGCAUCUUGCACUACAUUGCCUUUGUCGCGUGGGAUGCAUUCGUCGGUAGCCACGACGCUGACGCACUUGGCGGGGAGCCUAAAGUUCCUGGCUCGAAUGAUGCUGACCUUGAAGUCGAUACUGAGAAGAUGAUCAGCAUUGCCUUGAACAUCAUCGACUCUCUGAUCAAGGAAGCCGGCACUUUCAUUGAGAAUCCUGGAUAUGAUGAUCUGAAGACAAAGUGUGCCAACAUCUNNGUUCGUGCUGGGGCAUCUGAGCUCCACAACAUCGGCUCUUUGACUGGUGGCAUGGUAGCCCAAGAAGUCAUCAAGGUCAUCACAAAGCAAUACGUGCCCAUCGACAACACAUGCAUCUUCGACGGCAUCGAAAGCAAGGCCUCGGUUCUUCGAGUU